ACAUCGGGUGUAUUAAUGGAAAAUUAUAUUUGCGUGAACUGUUUGUGUAAGAGAGCGGAGAGUGGUCUUUGAAACUGUCCCUAAGCGCCAUCUAUAAUUAAUGUUGGUAAACGUGUCGCAUUAAUAUAUAACUGUCGAUCCUGAAUUAACUCGUCCCAUUAUUGUUAAUCCGGAUAGGAACUUGAUCUGUUAAAAUGUCUGAAUUACAACUCUCAGAAGAACAGGUUGCAGAAUUUAAGGAAGCGUUUAGCUUGUUUGAUAAAGACGGUGAUGGGUGUAUUACAACGAAGGAACUAGGAACUGUAAUGAGGUCACUAGGUCAAAACCCUACAGAAACAGAACUACAAGACAUGAUUAAUGAGGUGGAUGCAGACGGAAAUGGGACAAUAGAUUUUUCUGAAUUUUUAACAAUGAUGGCUCGAAAAAUGAAGGAGACUGAUUCUGAAGAUGAACUUAGGGAAGCUUUUAAAGUGUUUGAUAAGGAUGGCAAUGGAUAUAUAAGUGCCUCUGAGUUACGUCACGUUAUGCGCAAUCUUGGUGAAAAACUGACUGAUCAAGAGGUUGACGAAAUGAUUGAAGAAGCUGACAUCGAUGGAGACGGCCAGGUUAAUUACGAAGAGUUUGUUUCAAUGAUGAUGGGAGAAAAACAUCAACAACAGAGUAAUAAAUGAAAGCGGAAACGGAAGACGUCAUUUUUCUACUGCUGAUAGUUAUAGUUUUGAAAUCGAAUUGCACACUGAAUAGGAAACAGUUUUAGUUAGAUUUACAACACAAUUGAGACGAGUUUCUAUAUUAAUUACAUUGAUUCAUGCAAAAUACGUGCCAGACUAUUCUGUUAGAUAUAUUCUAAGUCAACUAGUUUUAGUUAACAUGCAGGGCACUAAUGUAAAAGGAAAUUCAUUGUAUAUUUUUAAAUGAAAGCCAGGAUGUACAUGGCUACAAAUAUGUCAUGUGAAAUUGAAUUGAAAAGGCAUUCAUUUGUAUAACUUAUUUUAAAUUGUAUGACACGAUAAUUCCAUUUCUAAUGAUCAUUCUAGCAAAAAAAAAAUUAUUUGGCAAAGACGUCCGUGAUUCUCAUAUUUUUUAAACUUGAUAACAUCAACAUUAACUGUUUUUCCUUUUUUGUAUUGACUUAUAUUUCGGAAGCGGUUCUUGAGUAGCCAUCAAAAUUUAAAGUUAUGUUGUAAAAGUGGUGUUCUGUUAAGUGAAAAUGGCUGUUAUCUGUUUUGUAUUCUAUUUUCUAUUGCGCGCUAGUAUGGUCUAGUCAGUUAAAGUUCUAUAAAUUUGUAAAAUAAAUUAUUAAAAUUCUUGAUUUGGUUAUUUUGCAGUGUUUCAUGAUAUUUAUCUAUGCGUUAUACGUGACAAUUAGUUUCAUAAUGUUUCGCUCUUGCUUUAAUUUUUUUUUUUUUUUUUUUGAUUUAGGGUCUUUUUUUGUAUAUAAAUCAAUAGUACUUUAUUUGGCAAUUAGAUAGCUGUUCUGAUCAGGAAACAAUACAUUCCAAUGUACAGAAUAGUUUGUGCAAUACUACUAUAGAGACCCAAUGGUCAACUAUUAAGAAAAAGAUGAGAUGUUCAAUCAUCUGCCAAAUAAUGAAAAUCUAGAAUUCGAAUAAAUUAUCUUUGAAGAUUUAUAGAAUUGAAAUGAACUUACGUAGAUACAUGUAUUUGAACACAUAUUUUACAUAUAAUAUCAUCUUCAUUUUGUAUAAUCCAUUCAAUAACAUUGAAUAAAGAAAAGAUUUUAAACCCUA